ACUAUGGGCUUGGUCAGAGUUGUUAGAGAGUCAGAGUGAGACGCUUUCCAGCUCGGGUCAUGCAAGCAUUGGAGGAAACCAAAGUUUGACAUCUCACUCAGAUAAAGGAGACAUGUGGAUGAGCCUCACACUCUCACUUGUAGCUGCCUUGGCGCUGGGAACAGAGGUUUCCCUUCCUCAGGAAGAAGCCUCACUUGAUACGACUGAGAACCCAACAGAGGCGAAUUUCGAAGCCAAUGACGUAGCGUUCAGGUAUGGAAAUGCCAGACGGGACAUCUUGGCAGCCCAGUUUGAAUGCUACCUGAAGAUAAUUCACGAGCCUCUUCGAACAGAUGAAGGCCCUUUCUGUAAUCGGACAUGGGAUGGCUGGAUGUGCUGGGACGACUCAAUACCAGGGACUGCCAUUCAGAAGUGUCCAUCAUACUUUGAUGACUUUGACCCUAGUGAAACAGUCACCAAAGUUUGCAAUCCUAACGGCCAAUGGUUCCAUCAUCCAGAAAGUAACAGAGUAUGGACCAACUACACAUUAUGCAAUACCCUCAAAAAAGAAAAACUAAAGGUUAUACUUAGCCAGUAUUACCUGGCUAUGGCAGGUCAUGGUAUUUCCAUCAUCUCCUUAACAAUCAGCUUAUUCAUCUUCUCCUAUUUAAAGAUCCUUAGCUGUCAGAGAAUCUCUCUCCACAAAAACAUGUUCAUGUCCUUCAUUUUCAACUCCGUCUUUACCAUGGGAUGGCUUUCAAUGAUGGUUAACGGACGUCAUGCCUUAGAAGCCAUCAACCCUGUUGGCUGCAAGAUUCUGGCUACGUUGGUUCAGUACACGUCUACUUCCAACUACCUGUGGAUGCUGUGUGAGGGCAUCUAUCUCCACACACUCAUCAUAGUGGCUGUCUUUGUUGGAGAACAGCAGCUUUUUUGGUACUAUGUCCUGGGAUGGGUUUUUCCCAUCAUUCCUGCAAUCACAUAUGCUGUUGCUCGUGGACUCUACUAUAAUGACAAUUGUUGGAUCGGUGCAGAAACCUACCUUCUCUACAUCAUUCAUGGGCCCAUCCAUGCUGCACUCAUUGUGAAUCUUUUCUUUCUCCUUAACGUCAUCCGGGUCUUGAUCACCAAGCUGAGAAAAACACACUGUGCCGAAUCUACGACUUACAUGAAGGCAGUGAGAGCCACCCUCAUCCUGAUCCCCCUGCUGGGAGUCCAGUACAUCCUUUUGCCCUAUCUGGGAUCAGACAGUUAUUCCAACCAAGUCAUUUAUUAUCUUGUGUCUGUCCUUUCCAACUAUCAGGGACUCUUUGUGGCCAUUAUUCUUUGUUUCUGCAAUGCAGAGGUCCAAUCAGCACUGCGCAGGAAGUGGGCUCAGUGGACGGUCGCCUGGGGGAAAACCGGCUGGGGAGAGACAUCCUUCGUCAGCCAUCACUUACACUUCCACACCAACUCCUCCAUCACGGAAACCAGCCGUACCACUGGGAGCGUGUUGGUCCCAGUCAGUGGGUCGUCUAACCCACAAACAGAACAUUUUCACCUCAUGUCUUUAGAGCAAAGAGCCAACGGGCAGGAAACGCAGGAUAAAGACGCACUCUGAGACCUCUGAAUGGAUAAGCAACGCAGAUGAUGGUGAUGGAGUCCAAAACUCACACCAACUAAAGAUCCUAACAUCUGAAAAAACGAGAAAUCAGAAAUUAUUUUGCAAAGUUAAUGAGAGCGAUUGCUUUGUAUGUACAUAAAUUAUAGUGUAUAAACAGUUUAACUGGUAUUUUACAGUAACAGUAAAGUCGUGCAAGAAACAGACAUUUGAUAUUAAUGUGCCGUUUUAGCAUUUUUUUCUAAAUAAAAUAGACCUGUAUAUUU